AUGUCUGCUUCCUUGCGAUUUACCAGAAGGGUGUGGAAAUCGUUCAUAGACAAUAAAGGGCAUGAUGCGCAAUGCUUUCCGAAUCUUGUUAUCCACCGCGCAGUUCCCGGAACGGUUGACUUCUCACUCAAGAUAGAACCAUCUAAUUUAAAUAGAGUCGGGACUGUGCACGGCGGCCUGAUCUUGUCGCUCACUGAUACCCUUGGUUCUCUUGCUGUUGCAAGCAAAGGUCACUACAUGACUGGUGUUUCUACUGAUAUUGGUGCAUCUUUUGUACGACCUGCAGGCAGGACUGACGAUACCCUCCAUGCACGAGCCACUCUCACUGCCAUGGGGAAAUCUUUGGCAUAUACUCGCGUAGAUUUUACCAAUCCCGCAGGGGACUUAGUUGCGUAUGGAUAUCACACGAAAUACGUGGGGAAAUCUUCGUCCGACCCUAACAACGUGAAAUUCUCGGAAGACGGCGAGCGAGUAAUAGAAGGGAACGACGUUGACUGA